UAGGUACCUACCUAGCUACCUACUGGCUAUGCUCUAAAUUAAUAAACUUUUUGAGUUUUGCCAUAAAAUGAAAAUAAUUGUGUACAGUUUUCUAACAAUAAAAUUGAAAAUUGGAAAGGGAAAAAACUAAUUUGUGUUAUGUUGUAACUUGUAAUAUAACGACUUACGUCUUGCAACCCUGACUUUGCCUGUAAAUAGUAAUAUUGAUUGUAAAAUCAAAAAAAUGUGAAUCGUAUUGUGAUUGUAUUUACUUGGGGUCAGUGCGAAAUGUUUAAAGGAAUUUUAACUAAUAACUAUAAGGAAAUAUGUAAAAGUUCAUCGAGUUACUAUUAGAAACUGUUAUCUUUGUAUCGCAUUUCAUUUCUGACCUUCAUAUUUUGGCUUUCAAACUUACUAAAGAAUUAAAACUGAGAUAAGGUAUCAGUAUUUGUUUAGAAUUAUGGUGGAAAACGGUGCCUCUAGUGGUGGCAGCGAAAGUCCCAACGCUACAGGCGUUAGGUCUGGCCUAUUGGAAACCCUCGUGCGCGGCGUUUGGUACAGGGUUCAUUGUUCCUUAGAAGACGACUAUCUGAGUGUGUGCCUUGACGAUGGCUAUGACGCCACAACGACCCUAAACGGAACCUUAAACAACAAUAAUGUCGAAACACCGAACAGCGACUUCACAGAAGUACCAGAAGCAAUAGCCAACCAAAAACGCUUAGUCCAAGUGGUCAAAUCAGACAAUAAUGGCUUGGGUAUAUCAAUAAAAGGUGGGAUUGAAAACAACAUGCCCAUAUUAAUAUCAAAAAUAUUCAAGGGUAUGGCGGCAGACCUUACUGAGCAGUUGUAUGUUGGAGAUGCCAUACUUUCUGUCAAUGGAGAGGAUUUAAAAGAUGCCACACAUGAAGAAGCAGUUAAAGCAUUAAAAAGAGCAGGGAAAAUGGUUCAGUUAGAAGUUAAGUAUUUAAGGGAAGUGACACCAUACUUCCGUAAAGCAUCCAUAAUUAGUGAGGUGGGUUGGGAGCUGCAACGCGGCUACAUGGUGGAGGCGCCGCCGUCGCCGCCCUCGCCGCGCCGCCGCAGAGCCGACACUAGAUAUGUGCCACUCUUAAUGGCCUGCGUUGCUAAGAAUCUGCGACACCAUGACCCUGAGGAGCGCACAAUAGAGAUCUACUCUCCGGAUGGCGUGCACGCGCUGGCCCUGCGCGCGCCCUGCAGUACGUCGGCCGCGGGCUGGCAUCGCGCGUUGCACGCGGCGGCGCGGCGUGCGGCGCGUGCGGCGCUGGCGCGUGCCCGGCCGCGGCUGCGCCCGCUAGUAGGCGACGUGCGAUACGCGGGCUGGCUUGCGAGACGGCCGCCGCAGGAUCAGAUGGUCGCAUCCGGCGGCUCCGACAGUUCGGACGACGCGGAAGGCUGGCAGCCAACCUUCGUAGCUAUUACAGACCGCGAAUUAAGGCUGUACGAAGCGGCGCCGUGGUCGGCGGAGGCGUGGUGCGCGCCUACGGAGAGCUUCGGGCUGGCGGCCACGCGGCUGGCGUGGUGGCGGCGCGGCGCGGAGGGCGCUGCAGCGCUGGGCGUGCGCGCGGGCACGCCGGCCGGCCUGUGCGUGCGCGCGCUGCGCGCCGACACGCCGCACGACCUGGCUGCCGUGGCCGGCGCGCUGGUGGACGGCGCGCACCACGCCGUGCGCGCGCAGCCCGAGUUCACUUUCCGGUGUCGGUAUCGCGGCGCUUGCGCGCGGCUGUCGCUGGGCGCGGGCGGUGUGUGCGUGUGGGAGGCGGCGGGCUCGCUUGGGCGCGGCGGUGCGCGCGCGUUGUAUCGCCGCCCGCUGCACGCACUGCGCGCCUCUGCAGACGACGACCGCGCGGCGCUGUGGCUGCACUUCGCAGACGACGACACGCUCGAAUUGGACAUGGAAGGCAGCCCGAAGCCGGCGGUGUUCAUCCUGCACAACUUGCUGUCCGCGCGCGUGCACUCGUUGCCCGGAGAGGCGGCGACCCAUCCGCUAUAACCCGACGUGGACGCUUCGCCCGAAGCGGUCUCUCGCCAACAUCCUAGCAUUCCAAGCAACUAUCAACAAUAACUAAUAUGUACGAAUGUCUUAUAAGUUAUAAGCUAUUUAUUAACAUUAAGGUGAUUUCCUAUCCCCAUAAAUGCGACUCCCAUUAAAAAUUCGAUCGAUAAUAAUAUUCCUCCGAUUUCACUCCGGUCGGUUUUGUAAGAGGAGAGUGCAGACAAUGGGGAUCUACACUGCCAAUUUAUUCUGACAGGCUGGGCCGUAGAAGUAGUAUCCUCUGUGGAACUUGCUAUACUGAACUGUCAGGUCUGGUAUCUAACUAAACGCCGAGGAGACAACAUGUGUAUAGUCAACCAAUCUAUUAUGAAUCUGAAUGGUCGACUCAAUACAUCUCCUCUCCUCUCCACUUAGGUGGAUACCAAGCCUUAAACGCCACAAUAAAAAAAAGUAUUGUCAUGUAAACAUACGAAUCUCCUUAGUCUAAGUAAGAAACUAUGAAUAUGACAGCUUGCAUUGGCCCGACCUAUUGAGGCGCUCUCCGAGAUCAGUUUUGCCUGUGGAUCCCCAUUGUACAUGCUGCGAGCGGUUAUAUGAAAAUCGACCUUAUCUAAUUCAAAUAGAGUUGUAAUAACAGCUGCCAGUCGGCGCGAGAAUAAAAGAGUGACACUGUACUAGUGCAAAUUGUAUGUGUAUUUAUUUACAACUCUAUCAAGAUGAGAUAAGGUCGAUAUUUGAUUGCCUGCAGAAAGGCGCUUACUGCAUUUUCAAUUUAAUAUUCGCUGGUCUAAAAAUUGCAGUAUCGUAUUACUUACAACAAAUCACUCAUUAAAAACAAAAAUGACUAUUCAAAAAUUUGCAGUGCUGCUCGGUCACUUUUGUUUUCAAUGUGCGUUAAUGAUAAAGGCAAUAAUUUAUUCCGAAAGUUUGCGGUAUCUUGCGGUAUUUAGAAGCCUUAAACAAUAGUCAAUUUUGUCAGCCAACGAUAUUAUUAACGAAAAUAUUAUUUUCUUAGUACCUUUUUUAUUGUUACAAUAUAGGCGUGUAGUUUUGGCGAGAACAAAUUGUUGAAAAUAUUUGUUUCUUUAAUGAAUACCUACAUCUUGAGAUCUCACUUGCCAUUUUAGCUCUAUACUGUCCACUUUCAUGUCAAAAGUACGAUUUUAGUCUUUAAUAUAAAGACCAACCGUACUUUUGACAGUUGUAUGUGUCAACUGUCAAAAGUACGUGUACUGUGUAGUGUGUACGGUAAAAUGGCGAGUGAGAUCUCAAAAUGUACGCACUAUAUCGUUAUUAUGUUCUCUAAAGGUUUAAUGUAUCAAAACUUUAGACGAGAAGAGAAAAUUAGAAAUUUUAAUAUUUAGUAACCGAAUGAAUUCAGAAUCUCUUGUGUUGUUCAUGUAAUCUGAAAUUUGAGUGACUUUUUUCCAAUAUAGCGUAGAAUUCAAAUAACGCCUUAUAGCAAGCAAUUAUUAUCAAACUUGUACUUUUUUAAGUCUUAACUUCACAGUGGAUGCGGCUGUAUUUUUAAUCUGUGCUCUAGCCCAGAAAAUAAAAUGCAUUGCUCAAAUCUUACUUCAAUGCAUUCCAUGACUAGCGUAACGACUAGCGCACACUGAGCAGCAAAAUGCUCGAGCGAUCUUCAUUGAUAAAUUGAUAAUCAACUCAAUCACAACUAAAAUAGAGUUCAAAAUAGCGUGUAAUAGAAAAUCCACAAGGAAUUAUCUCUUGCACGCUAUUUUGAAGUCUACUUAGCUGUGAUUUAGUUCCUUAUCAAUUUAUCAAUGAAAACUGCCCGAAUAUUUUGUUGCUCAGUUUAUGCUGACCCGUAAUGUUUUUAUAUAGGGUGGGAUUUUUUGUGUUUAUUCUCUCUACAUAAUAAGGAGGUAACCUGGACUCUUCCAAAGAACGAAUCUCUAAUUUUUAUUUAAUUCUAAGACAGUAAGGAGUUGUAUGAUAUGUUAACGAUUAUAAUAUAUUUUUUUAUAAUUUAUUUGUUGUAUAUAACCGGUAGAUGUAGUGUUUUAUAAUCGAGAAUACAUUCCCAGAAUGUAGUAUAGAUUUGCUUUAAUAAGUGUAGGUAUGUUUAAUCUCAAAUAUUUUUAAGAUUCGACUAGCUAAUAUUGCGCUGAAUGUGUCACUACUCAUUACAUGUAAUGUUAAACAAUAUGGCAGUAGACCACAAAAUAGAAAAGUAACAGGUCUCCUCGACACCACACGUAAGGUGCACUCAUGCAUAGACGCGUGUGAUAGCGAGCUCAGCUUAUUCAACUCAGCCGACUUUUGGCUGACUUAGGAGCGAUGCAUACCAGCAGAGCCAAGGCCCUUUCUUGAUUAUAACUCAACCUAAACUUUGUUUGCUUUAGCAUAGCGGCAGCGACGCGAAUUACAUUCGCAGCUUUUUGGAUAUUGCAGACGUUGCACAAUCCCACCAAUGCAACCAAACAAUUAUUAAGACCGCGAUCGAUAUUUCAUACUAAGUAAAAUUAAGCAUAUAGCAAUUAUUUUCUUAACUUCAGAGAGAAUACUAGAACAGAAAUUUCUAAGUAAUAAUUUUGGUAUUUUUUUUUGAAUCCCCUAAAACGUCACUAACGUAUUUCGCGCGGUAAGGUUAGGUUUUGUUUCCAGUAUGCCAAUUUGAACCUUAUGUCAAAGUACAUAAAGCUGAGUUAAAAUCUGUUGUUAUCAAAAAACUCUGCUUCACUCCGUUUAUUGACGCUAGCCUUUAGGUUGAUCUCGCUGUCGCACGCGUUUAUAUACGCAUCAGAUAAUGUGUGAGUGUGUACUAUUACCACGCCUUGGGUUAAAUGGACCUUCUGUUACCUCUCUAUAUGGUGGUAAAACGCCUUAAAGUCCUUUUUGUAUGGGCUGUUGUAUGGAUAAUAAUAACUCUUGAUGUUUGUUAGGAUUACCCAUUCCGUGUAGGUAUAAAAUACUCGUAUAGGACAGGAGAAGAUGGGGUUUUAAAUUGAUCGCACACUGCCGCAAGAGGUUGAAAACCACAAGUUUGACGUGAAAAGGAAGAGUUAUUCGUAUUAAAUCGCUUGGCAGCACGGUUUUCCCGGUAGUGUGAUGACUAGCUACGGCCGAAGUCCCACGAAGGUUGGUGAAAUGACCGGCUAGCCGCUAGUCAAAUAACAUCCUCAGUUUACCAUAAAAAAUGUACACUAAAAUUACCGCUUGUACGCGCACUCAUAUACAAUAUUUAACCUUAGCUUAAUUCAGAGUCGACCUCUGUGCUGACGGUGACGUCAUUCGCAUUUUCAGUAGAUACUUACUGAAAAUUACGUAACUUGCGGCUUUGCUACUGUGUGCUAUCAACUUUAACCAAGGACAGAUACAAUUUUUUGAAAUAAUAUUAUUGUCUAAAGAAUAGAAACAAACAGUGGACAAUAAUAUUAGAGCAGUAUGAUUUCCAAAAAAACGUUUAAAUUCCCUAAAAUUAUAUUUAAUCAUUUAUUCAUAAUGUAAAAAACAUCACGUCAUAGGUUUACAGUGUGUUUUGUAUGUUUCGAACAGUAAGAGGAAAUUAUCCACAGAAAAGGAACUUGAUCCAUUUAAAAACCCUUUAAAAUUUUAAUUACUGGUUAGUAGCCCUUGUCAAAACGUUAUUAUUGAAAGUUAAAAAAAGAGAAAUACCACCACAAAAUACUUAGUAGUACCUUCAGGGUAGAGAUUUGCUCCAGAAAGACGUUUAAAUACUAUAGUGAUUCUGGUCUUGUGUUUUUGUCUUGUUUAGUUUUAUUUGUUGUCUUGAUGCAAACUGCACAGCGCUGCGGUCUAAACUUGAUAAACGCCUCUCUCUCCUUUGAUCUCUAUCUCUCUCCUUUUAUCUCUAUCUCUCUCUUAGUCCAAAGAUAAGAUAAGAUAAUUGCGCAAGUGAUGUCGAAGCGGGCAGACCGCUAUACGUAUAUUUCUACAUUCCUACCUGUAAUGGUGGUAUCACCAAACACAGUUUAUCUCCUUUGGUUUAUGAUACCCCAUACUAUUUCAAACAAAUAAAACAUACUGUAUAAAGGUGUAAUAAAACUAUCAUAAUAAUACAUUAACAAGUAGCUCAUAUCAUAGGAACGAAUCGUAUGUUAGUUACCGUAUCUAUAAAAACGAAACGCUAUAAUGCUUAGAAUAAUGUACUAAAUCUUAGGAGUACUUCUCUAAUGAACUGUGUUGCCAUAUCAAUUAGAAAAACUAUUAUAAUAUAAUAAGUCUCAGUAAUCUUAUAAUCUCUUAGCAUUUCUAUCGAUACAAUAUUGUCAUUCCUCUGUAUACUGUAACUUAUUACUAUUGACAAAUUUUUUACUCUUUGUAACAGAAUUCUGCCCCCUAGCACCGAACUUGUGAUCAUAAUAUGUAUUACAAUCGCAAUUUACUUAUUUAAUUAACAUAAUAGUUAAAAUUAACCUUUUCGGAUGAUAGCGGUUUCGUAUAGCGUUGUCUCUGUCAUUGAGACUGACAAAACGUCACAUAGAAAUGAGUGACAGAGACAGCGCUCUACGAAGCUGAAAGCUCUUUCUAAAGUUUGAUGUACAUUAUUUCUUGCCAGCUACUAUUGUAUACCUCGUUCGUACGAGAGCUUUUUAAACGUGCAUUUUAAAAGCGUUGCCUAAUUGCCUUGAAACAUGUAGGUACCCAUGCAUUUAUUCAUACAUAGGUAACCAUGCAUCUAAUCACACGUAAGCGAUUCUGAACAAGUUACUUUUUAAUCGAACAUUGAUGUUAAUUGGUUUUACAAAACCUCUAAACUACCAAAAUUGAGAGCUCUAAAAUUAAUGUCGUCUUUUAAACAAUGUUUUAUGAGAAUGUGGAUGGCACUACUUUUGGGCUUUUUUUAUAGAUAUGGGUGCAACCGAAUCAGCACUAGUUUUAAUUUUCAAUGCUCGAUGGUAAGUGUUAACUCCAAAGUUGUUUGCACUAAUAAUGGUGGGAUUUUAAACGCAACGUUUUUUUACCACCGCCGUUUAAACAAGGACUUACAGUAGAAAUAGCUAAUGGAAAAGUUAUGACAAAAUUCGGUGCUACGGUCAGUGAAACGUGUUAUCAAAUGAUUAUUUAUUAAGAUUGCUCAGGAUGCAAAUGUCUUGCGAUUCAAUCAAUCAUCCUGUUUGUAUCCACUGCUGGACAAAUACCUUCCCGAGAGCGCGCCAACACACGGUUUCCUCAUCCAUCCACUUCCCGCUAUCUUAAGGUGGUGAAGUCAGCGGGCUGGUGGAGGUCGUCCCAUGCUGCGCUUGUUGGUACGCGGUCUCCAAUCCAGAACACAUAUUUUGCUUUCACGAUUAUCGGUUUUGCGACAUACAUGACCUAUCCACUUUGGCAGUGGGCAGGCUGUCUGGUUCAGCUUGCUAUGAGUAAUUCGUUGUGUGUGCGAUUUAUAUAUGAUUUUUAUACAUGCCUGGGUAAUCUUGUGUAAUCAUAGAUGAAGCGUGCCAGUCCCUGGUGUAAAAACAUGUCUACCAAUCAAAAUUAUUUUAGGGUUGCUAAUUUGCUAAUGAAUUAUAUGACAAUUCAAAUCUCAUCAUACUUUUAAGUUAAAAUCAAACUGAUAGAUAACAACUACUAAAAUGACACUAACAGUCAAAGACUACCUGAUCUUAGGGCAAAUGGUAAAAAAUAGUGAAUUUAUUGAUUUUUUAAUUAUUGUAACAAGAGUACUCCUUCCUACUGAAAGAAACACAGGUUUUUAUCGGUUUAUCGGGCAUAGACCGAUAUAAAGUGAGAUGUACCACUCACGACACCGAUUGUUUAAAUUCGAAAGAAUACAAUUAACUAAUGGCGCCGAUUCUGUUGUCUUUCUCUAAACUAAAUUUAGAGUACUUUCAUCUUUUUCUUUUUAAUAUUGUUUAAAAAAACAGGACAUGGAUUUUACAUAUUUUAAAGACAAAAGUCACGAGGUUUAACAGCUAUUAGUAAGAACCUAGACUGUUACUUACUACGAGACUAUUAUUUAUAGGUACCUACUUUUUUUAUUCCAGGGACUAAAAUAUUAUUCUCUCUUCCACCGUAGAUAUAUCCGAUACACGCACAACCAAUUGAUUGCAUUUAUGUUUAUUAUUUUUAUAUACACAAUUUUGUUUAUUAAUACGUAAUAUUAUGUAUUUACACAAUUCCAAUACAAUGAGUAACUAUUUUUUAUAAUAUUUUGCAAAAAAAAAAACAAUAAAGGUAAAAUUAAAUUUAACUAAGUAGUAAAAAGUCCAAUUAUUGUAAAAGUUUUUUAUAACUCUUGCAUGUUAAAACCUACCUACAUAUCUACAGUAAAAUAAUACGCACAUCCAAUUUUUGACCGCGAGUUUAUAUGACACUGCCUCAAUUUAUCAAUCAGUAUAAAGACCAAGGCUUUAUUUAUUAAGUCUGUUUCACGCCGGAGCAACAACAUGCGACACACAGCUUGCGCCAGUCCUAUGCCAAGAAAACAUCGAAAUAAUAUUACGUUACGUUAAUACAGUGUGCUACAUUUAAAAAAAAAACUAAAGUUUAGCUUUGUUGUAUGCCACGUGGCUUGCUGUAAUGUCGCAUUUUGUGGCUCUGGUGUAAAUGAAACUUAAAAGAUUUUUAUUGGUUAUUUAUUGAAAGUAUAAUAGACUCCAAAUACAACACCUGUAUAUACAUAAUUAAAUUUGUAUUUUAUUAGUUUGUAUGAAUAGUUGGGUUCAUUUUUGAGCGGAUUUUCAAAAUAGAUUUCAACUUGUGAAUUUUAUUUUACUAGAAGAUAAUUUUUUUUACUUGUUCCGUUAAUAUUUUGUUACAGAUUUAUUAACUAGCUCACAAUUAGUUUGAUAGAUAAGAUUUACUUACGUGCUGCUAAUUCUGUAACACACACAAUCUAAAAACUUAAUUAAAUUAUCAAGACAAAAGGAAUGUUAUAUUUAAAAAAAAAACCGGCCAAGUGCGAGACAGUCGCCCACCGAGAGUUCCGCAGCUCGGAAAGAAAAAAUCAAAUAAUUAUUUGGUUAAAGUAAUUUACCGUCUUAAAACAAAUUCCUUUUAUUUGCGAUCGCAAAACAACAGACCGUGUAUAAGGGUUCCUUUUAUAUUAUUUUGAUACGGAACCCUGACAAGGAUAGCAUAAUGUACUUUUGUAGAUCUGCCCCCCGAUUGUGGAGGAAAAACGUAUUCAUCGUUAUCGUAAUCGACAGCAGAUUCUGUCCUUUGAUUGGUUGAUUCGCUGUUUACAUUUUUUCACAGCCAAUCACGGGGCAGAAUUUGCUACCAAUCACAAUAGCGAUGAAUACGUUUUUUUCUUAGUUCUAUUCACACUUACACAUUAUUUUUAGACCUGCCAAUUUGGUUUAGUAUAUAGAGAGUACACAACCGAAUUAGCACUAUUGACUUGCAUAUAUUAUUUAUAAGCGGGCAAUACAGUUAGCUAUUAAUUUGGCUUGUCCGCCCUAUAAUAAUUAUGCAGUAUUAUUCGUGUGUAAUUGUACUCCUCGCAACGUAUGCAAGCCCAUGUUAUGUUACGUAUGUUAUGUUAUUAAAUAAGAUGAUUCGAUAGAAAAAAUUCUGUAACAAAUAGACCUAUCGACUGUGAACUGGCAACAUGUCCUAUCUAUUCACGAUUUUACUUUAUUUUUCGAACUCUGCAGUGUCUUAAUUCAAGACAGUUCUCUACCUUGGAACAAAAAUUUGAAAAAAAAAAAAACUAUGUACGUUUAGGCGUAGGUAUACAAUCGCUUUAAUACAACAACAAAGUAAGGAAGUGAAGGAAAUAAGUUUUUUUCUCCAUCCUGUAAAGGUUAUUUAAAAAAAAAAGAGUAUUAGCCAUGUCAAUGAUGAGCAUUCCCCUUUCCCCUCCAACUAAGCGUAAAGCUUGUGCUAGGAGUGGGUACAAAAAUAGUGCAACAGAAGAGGUUUGAACCGCCGACCUUUCGAAAUGCAGUCCGCUCAAUUGUUGAGCUAUCGAGGCUCGAAAUUGAGAUAGUAUCAGUUGCCAGUUCAGCUUAUCCGCGAGAAGUUGUAUAGAGCACUCUGUUACAUUAUUUCAUACAAAUUAUACUUACAGACAAAAAUCAAACCGCUCAGUAACGGGUAAAAAAUGAAACUAAAAUUAUACUACGAUUAUAAUAAGCUUGUAUGUCAUUUGCAUAUAAUUUGAUCUGAAGCAAGAUAUUAUAGCAGUAGUGUUUUGAUUAAUUGUUAUUAAUUUUUCGUCUUGAAAUGUACCGAUUUAUAACAUUUUAGCAUAAUAUUUUUAUUGGUUAUUUUAUUAUUGUUGUAUUAUUUAGGUACAUAAUAAAAUCGAAAUUCUAUUUUUAUUUAGCGAAUUAUUGUGUUAUUUUGUUUUAAUGUGAUCAACUGGUAUGUGUGAUAUCAUCGAUAUUUAGAUCUGUCAUUAAUCAUUAAAACAACGAAGAAAG